AUGGGCUUCGCUAGAAACAAAGGCGCUUACAUGCGGGAUUCCUGGAACGCCCUCGACUUCGCAGUCGUCAUAGCAAGCCUGGUUGCAAUUUUGCCAACAAUCCCGAAUGUUUCUGCGAUUCGAACGGUCCGAGUGCUGCGCCCAAUGCGGUCGCUGUCCAUGAUCCCCGGUAUACGACUGAUCAUCUCAGCACUACUGAAAGCCCUCCCUGCACUUGGCAACGUAGUCGUUCUCCAAGUAUUCCUCUUUUUCAUGUUUUCCAUCCUUGAAAACCAGCUAUUUGGCGGUGAUAUGACCCGACGAUGUCGGCUGACUGAGUUCCCAGUGCGAUUACCAGUGGACGAUCUCAAUCCGCACGGCACUUGGCCUGUUUCAAGCGAUUAUCUGUCAGCAGUACGCGCCAACCCUGAGGCUUAUCGCUGCCUAGACGAACCACUUCUCGAAGUCGAAUCAGGCGAUUUUAUCAAAGAAACGUCGCCUUGGUACCAUGCGCAGCCUUGCUUUUGGCCAGUCAAUCCUGACGACACGCAGCUUUGUACUAGACCAUCCUACGCAGGAAAAUUACCAACGCGCUUUACCCAAGAUACCCUGGAUUAUGGGCUUACAACGUCCGAUAACUUAGGCCACUCAGCCGUCACGUUUUUCCAAGUCAUAACGUCGGAAGGAUGGACUAACAUCAUGUACAUGUGCAUGGAUUCAACGCAACCGGCCAUCGCAGUCAUCUUUUACCUCGCUUUCGUGGUGUUUGACUCCAUCUUCGUCAUGAACUUGACACUUGCACAAUCGCGUCUCAAACCGCGUAUCCCGUUGCUCUACUACAUCGCGUCGCACCCGUUGUUCUCUUUCUUUGUCAUGUGCGCCAUCUUCGCCAACACCGCUGUCCUCUCGAUGGACCACUAUCCCAUGUCGGACACGAUGGACGCUGACCUGGAGAUCAUCAACUUUGCACUCACCUGCGUGUUUGUCGCGGAGAUGAUAAUGAAAGUGGCCGGUCUCGGGAUUCACCUCUACACUCGGGAUAAGUUCAAUCUCUUCGAUGCGUUCGUCGUCUUGAUGGGGUUGCUGGAAAUGGCACUGUCGCCACCUUCGUUCAUGUCGGAGAACCAGCCAAAGAAAGGCUCAGUCGCGUCGUUGCGAUCGUUUCGACUGCUUCGCGUGUUUAAACUCGCUCGCAACUGGAAGUCACUUCGGGAACUGCUGGAAAUGGUGGGGCGUGCUCUUGCCAGUAUCGCCAAUUUCGGAGUUCUAUUGUUCAUUUUCAUCUACAUCUAUGCGCUGGUGGGGAUGCAGUUCUUUGGGAAUACCAUGCGCUUCGACAGCAACGGGUAUCCUACUCCGUACAACAUAUACGACUACUGGUCGGGCACGGUUCCACGACUUCAUUUCGACACCUUUCUGUGGUCUGCGAUCACAGUUUUCAAGAUUAUUACCACCGACAACUGGAACGAAGACAUGUACAACGUCAUUCGCAGCAGCGGCAUAUCGUCUUUGGAAACUUCAUAA